AUGGAAGGCCUUAAGAAGUGCACAUAUGGAACUAUAGCCAAAGACAAGAAAACUCCAAGGAUAGGUUCCCAACAGGGACUUAGUAAAAGACAAGAACCACCUAAAAUUAUAGGGAACCGGGAAGCCUACCAGUUGAGGAUACUCCUGGUGGGCAAAUCUGCCACAGGGAACAGCAUCCUCUGCCGACAAGCGUUCGAGUCCAGACUUGGAGCCCAGUCAGUGACCAGGACCAGCCAAGCAGAGAUGGGCACAUGGAAGGGAAGGAGUUUCCUAGUGGUAGACAUGCCACCCAUCUUUGAGUCAAAGGCCCAGAACCAAGAAAAGGACAUUGGAGACUGCUACCUGCUGUGUGUGCCAGGACCCCAUGUCGUAACCCAGCUGGGAUGCUUCAGAGCCCAGGAUACCACUGCCAUGAGGAGGGUGAAGGAGACCUUUGGGGUGGGAGUCAUGAGGCACAUGAUCGUCCUCUUCACCCAUAAGGAAGACCUGGCAAAUGAGACCUCGCAUGAGUUUGUGACCCACACUGACAACCACAGCCUGCGCAGCCUGGUCGAGGAGUGUGGGGGGAGGUACUGUGCCUUUAAUAACAGGGCUUCUGGAGAAGAGCAGCAGAGACAGCUGGCAGAGCUCAUGGUCCUGGUGAGGGGCCUGGAGCAGGAGUGUAAUGGCUCCUUCUACAGCAAUGACCUCUUCCUUCAUGCCUCUGUGUUCCUUAGUAGUGACAGCAGUGAGCGCCAGGAAGCCUACAGGUGCUACCUGGCCAAGGUGAAGCAGGAGUUGGAGAGGCAGAAGCAGGACCUGAAGGAGCUCGAGGGCAGCUGGGUGGCUAAGAUGCUUUGCAGAGUCAACACGUGCAUGGGAUCCAACAUCACAGCAACCACCCUUCUUAUUGCCUGUGGUUUGAUAUUUAUCAUCAUUUUAAUUAACUUGUGUAUUGGCCAGGGGCACUGA